GGCUCGCGGCAGCAGGUGAGAGCGCAACGUCGCCUCCUCGCUGCUUUCAGACGCACAGCGGCUGAGGAGUGGAGCGGAACGGAGCGGAGCCAUGGGCAAGCUUCAAGAAUUUGACAUUACUUUUACCAACAACAAGGUGGUUUACGGCCCUGGAGAGUCCAUUAGCGGAACUGUGAAGAUACGAACCGCGCACUCGUUGCAGUACAAAGCCAUCAAGGUGAACUGUCAGGGCUCAUGUGGGAUCUCCAACAAAAUGAACGACAGCUCAUGGGCCCUGGAGGAGCAAUACUUCAACAGCACAUUGUCCGUUGCUGACAAAGGAACUCUGGCAGCGGGCGAACACACUUUCCCUUUUCAGUUUCUCAUCCCAGUUGCUGCCCCAACAUCCUACGAGGGACCCUUUGGAAAGAUCAUUUACCGUGUGAGGGCGGCCAUCGACACGUCUCGCUUCUCUAAAGACUACAAAGCCCAAAGGCCAUUCUACCUACUCAACCUGCUCAACCUCAACGAGGUGCCUGACAUUGAACAUCCAAGUUACGCUGUGACCACCAAGAAGUUCAGCUACCUCCUGGUGAAGACGGGGACCCUGAUGCUGAAAGCUCGCAGUGACCUGAGAGGUUACAUCCCCGGUCAGAUCAUCAAGUUAGCCACGGAGAUCCACAACAAGUCGGGAAAGGACACAGGAUGUGUACUGGCCAGUCUCAUACAGAAAGUGACCUAUAAGACCAAGCGGCCUGUGUUUGACCUGCGGACCAUCGCAGAGGUGGAGGGAGCCGGAGUGAAAGCAGGGAAACACGCAGAGUGGAGAGAGCAGAUCAUCGUCCCUCCUCUUCCUCAGUCAGCGCUGACUGGCUGCAGCCUUAUAGACAUCGACUAUUUCAUUCAGGUGUCACUAAAAUCUCCAGAGACGGUCGUCACUCUGCCCAUCUACAUCGGGAACAUUGCUGUUAACUUAUCUCCGUCAAGACCCAUGCCCACCAGUCCAGUACAAUGUGGUGCGACAAUUGCGCCAGGGGCAGCAGGCGUGACACCCAGCGCUCCGCCGGCGGAGGAGGAGCCAGAGGAGGGGCUGUGUGCAGGCGCCGUGGCCAGUGAGGAGAUUCCCACCAAGAGUCACUCUCAGCAGGAUUCCUCAGGUCAGCCAGUCACCAUGUCCCCCAGCGCCUUCAGCCACGCGCCCGGCGCAGCACUUCCUCCAGGCCACAGGCGACCCAACGCCUCUGCUCCCUUGUUCUGUGUGUCCACCGGGGCCACCAUACCUUUCUUCACUGAGGGAGACGUGACACCCAUCCCCACUUCCUGUUCACUCAUCUUGCCUCCAGAGUACAGCAGCUGGGAUUACCCUCAUGAGCCCCCGCCUACUUACGAGGAGAGCUGCAGUAGCGCCAACUCCAGCUUCAACAGUAGACAGUAGACAGUGAAGCAGGGGAUAAAGCAUCGUGGCCAUGCCCACCCACACCUGUCUGCACUCGCCUCACAACAAAUCAGGACAAGAGACACACUGGGAUAAAGAGGAUGGACCAUAACUCCUUCCCUGAACAUCCCAAAGAUUAUAUAUUUUGUCCUCGAAUAUGAAAAAGGGAUCAUAUCUUAUACUGAAUAUAAGUUUUACUGUCACCUCAUGUCCCACCAGGUAGUGUCAGACAGAGCAGAUGAACAUCACUGUGCCUAUAAGAAGUAUGUAGGAUCAUUGUACAGCGUUUAGAAUAUUCAUUGAAGGGACAUGUUUGUUUCAUGGGGCACAAUCAUGUUUUUUCAGUGAAUUUCUUGCAUCUGUGAUGCCUUGAAAGUGAUACUGAAAGCUUGUGUUGGAUGAGAUCAAACGUUGGCCUUCUCUGAAAUCUUGUUCCAAAUGUGAACUAGUUGUGGUCCACUGCUGUCCUUUGUGUCUCAGUCGUCCUCAUCAUCAGCAGGGUGGAGCGGUCCUCAUGCUGGAUACUGAAAGAAGAGCGUAUCGGCAGUUUGUGGUCUGACUGUAAAGCUAGUUAAUCCCCCUGUAUGUAGGAUCUUUCUGUGAUGAUAUCAUCUUUUAAAUCAUUCUGAUAGACAGCCCCAUUGAAAAUUGGUGCAGUGUCUAUGUGUGCGUGUGCUGUAGCAGCAUGCAUUGCUGUGCAGUGAAGUGUCUUUUAUUUUAUAUCACCAGAAGUUGAUUUGAAAAUUGUUGGAAUCCUACACAUAAGGGCUUUAAAGAGUUUUACAUACUCCCACAUGAUUAGUAUUGUAUAUGUUGUUUUCACUGACAUGAAUCAACCAAUUGGAGUAUCAACACUUUGAUUCCUAAUUUGUUUUAGAUCUUUAGUCAAGAUCAUAUAUAUCAAAAUUCAACACUCAAGAGUGCUGUCAUGGUCUGUUUUGUUUUUUUUGGAAAAGGAUUUUAAGGGUUUUUCACACUGCACUAUGCCCAGUGCUCUGAACCUUCUCUGUCCCAGUCUAAUAAAGGCAAUUCAGGAUGUUAAAGUAGCUGCUCGUCUGAGCAAACAAUUAACUCAAGGCUAGCAGAAGUGUAGUAUGAAUCAUACUACCCAGGGCUUAAGUCAACCAUGGGUUAACAAUGUGUGUGUGGAAAAUUGUCCCAGGGUUGACUCUGGCCCUGGUUUAAGAAUGGACAGUGUGAAACGGCCAUUAGAUAAACAUUUAAGACAUCUCUGGAAAACCACCUUGUGUUUUUUCACCAGAGGUUUUGCUCUGACACCAGUCUUGUGCUCAGGGGAGACUAAUCUGCAGAUGAGGCUCAGUUUUCCUGCAGCUGGAGGACUGCAGUACUGAUGCAGUCUGUCUCUGCCCUCUUGUGGUUGUCAGCGGUACAAGAUUAACUGAAACAAAAUUAACCUGAAACUGGAGCCUCACAUGAUCAGCCCUGCACACUGAAAUACUUGGAUGAUGCACCAACUGAGGUCUGCUGUAUGUUUUUUACAUGUUGUAUAUGUUUUUUUUUCUCCUGUUCGUUGCCUUAAGUUUCUUUGAGUGCUACAUUAGUGAGAUGAAGUCCUCAGAUGAUGAACAUACAUGUGCACAGCACAGCACUUUUUAAGAUUAGAGAGCAUGGGUGUCUGAGUGCACAUGUGUGUGUGUGUGUGUGUGUGUGUGUGUGUGUGUUAGAAUGUGAAAUAGAGCUCUUUUGGAUGAGAAACUACGUUCUCCCAAGUUCUGUACUCACUCAAACUGUUUGUGUAAAAUGAUCUGUUCAAGACAUUUUCUUUGAUUGUGUGCAAGGGCUGGGUGAUAGUUUAACCUAAUCUUAUCAUAUAGUAUCAUCUCAUGAUAUGAUCAUGUAAUUUAAAUGUAUGUAACUAAGAACUGAAUCAAAAUGAGCUACUGAAGUUCAGUCUUGUGUAAGUCACAGCAAUGAGACAGUGCAUUGGUUUAAACAUCAGUUAAUUUUCUAUCUGAUUUUGCAUCCAUCAGUCAUGUUGUGUCAUACUUUAAUGACACAAAAUAUCCUUAUUUAUAUACUUAUGAUUUCAACCAUGUCACCCAGCCCCACAUUGUACUUUCUUGUGGGAAACCAAUGCCACUGAAAAUCUUAAGCACAACCACUGUAUUGAAAGUUUGUGUGACUAUUGAUGUGUUUUUCUUAUUUACGUCGCAUCUUAAAAUCUGUUCUGUGAAUUCAGAAAAAAAAACUGCUGGGUGGCUCUUGACUGUAGAUCAUGUUACCAUGUGUUUUUUCAGAAUUUGUGUUUGAUUUUUCCGCUCUAAAGUCUCCACAGACAAACUACUGUAACUGUAAGGACCUGACUCCAUUAUUGUGAAUGCAUGCCUUAAACAGUCUGGAUUCAUGUCACCCACUCCAGGAGCUUGUAGUGGACUUUCUUCUUCUCUGUCAAUGAGGAUGUCAGGAUGUGCUCAUGCAGCUCUUCCUGUUUGGUCUCCUGUGGACUGUGCUAAGUGCACUUGAUGUACACAAAUGUAGCUUUUAAAAAACAGCAAGGACACUGGACCUUUUGAACUCUGUUUUUAUUCUUGUUUUAGAAAAUAUGUGCAAUUCCUUUCAUUUCUGAGCAGCUGCAGCAGCAGCUCCCUGAGGUCAUCUCACGCUGCCUUUAUCUCUCCUGAUUCUGUUGAAUUCUUCUCCACCAAAAGGUACUAUAGCUUUAUGAUGCCCCGCUCGUUCUGUGUUAUUUUUUUCAGUCUCCCCCCUCACAUAUUGAUGAGUGGUGUCUGGUUUUGUAUUUUUCUACUUGUAAACGGUUUACAGGUGCAGUAUGCAGAUACUAAUAGUAGCACCUCAAUCAGUAAAUGUAAUAUUUCAACUUACAGUGCAGAAACAAUGUUUUACUGUACAGUAUAACAAUAAAAAUUAUAUGACAUGUUUUUGU